AUGAAAUGUAGCCCUUAUUAUGGUAGAUCAUAUUAUGAUGUCCUUCAAGGUGUGGAGCAUAUACUAGAGAAUUUUAGUCGGGACCAGAUUUCAGCACCAUCCAACUUCAAAUAUUUGAUUGCACUUGAAAAGCAGUUGACUUCAACCAUGUUGCAUAUGCUUGGCCUGGCUUCAAGAACUGAUCAUCAAGCUGUACAAGAUUUUCUUGUCAAAAAAGCAUCAUUUCUCGUGGAGUGGCUUAAAGGGUUGUGCUCAUCUCUUGAAGAGACAAGUUCUUCAGCUGAGGAGACUACAUCUGUUGCAUCUGUAAACCUUAAAAAGGAUGUUAUAUCCAUAACGGUUCGCUCACUGAUUGAGGUGUAUGAAAUCAGCAAUCACAAUUCGGUUGCACAAAGGUCAACAGUCGAGCAUGAGGUUUCUACAUUUCUGGGUUUAACGGGUUUUACGGUUUUCUUCAAAACUUUUGCUAGUGGCUACACUUGUGGUGUCUCAUGGAUCAAUGGGGGCAUCAAAUGGUCGCUACAUGACGAGGCAGUGUCUUGGAAUUUUGGUUAUACGUAUGAUUAA